UUUUAUCGUGUCGUAGGGAACGGAACUAAAAGGAUUGGCAGCGGCGAAACCGGCAGGCUAUGGCUUUACGGUGGCCAGCCGCAGCAACAGGAGCCCACUUCGGGUGCAGGGCCUCGAAGAAGGGGACGAUGCGCCCGCCGCCGCCCUCGCCUUCGCCAGCCGCCAAGCUUUUCAAGCUCCCUCCUCGAAUCGGCCCUCUCUUCUGGCCCUGGGAAAAGGUUAAAGUCGGUCCUUUGGUUGUUUCUCCAAUGGGAUUUGGGACAUGGGCUUGGGGAAACCAAUUGCUCUGGGGCUAUAAAGAAGAAAUGGAUGCCUUAUUGCAAGAGACAUUUGAUUUGGCACUAAGGAAUGGAAUCACUCUCUUUGAUACUGCUGAUUCAUAUGGGACUGGAAGAUUAAAUGGUCAAAGUGAAAGGCUUCUUGGGAAGUUCAUUCGUGAAUUUCAAGGACGAAAUAUUGGAGACAACAUCGUCAUUGCUACAAAGUUUGCAGCAUAUCCUUGGCGCCUAACACCUGGACAAUUUGUUAAAGCUUGCAAAUCUUCAUUAGAACGGUUGCAACUUGAUCAAAUUGGUAUAGGACAAUUGCAUUGGUCAACUGCAAAUUAUGCUCCUUUACAGGAGCAAGCUCUUUGGGAUGGCCUAGUUGCAAUGUAUGAGGAGGGUUUAGUUCGUGCUGUUGGUGUUAGCAAUUAUGGUCCAAAACAACUUAUUAAGAUUCAUGAUUACCUAGAAUCUCGAGGUGUGCCAUUAUGCUCUGCUCAGGUUCAGUUUUCUUUGCUGAGCAUGAGUGAUGCCCAGAUGGAGCUGAAGGAAGUAUGCGAUUCUCUGGGCAUCCGUUUGAUUGCAUAUAGUCCACUUGGGCUAGGGAUGCUCACUGGAAAAUAUACAACAUCAAGUCUUCCACGCGGGCCACGAGCUUUGCUGUUUCGUCAAGUUCUCCCCGGUUUGGAUCCUUUACUCAAUUCCUUGAAAGAUAUUUCAGAAAUGAGGCAGAAAACGAUGUCACAAGUUGCAAUAAACUGGUGCAUUUGCAAGGGAACUAUUCCAAUUCCUGGCGUGAAGUCGGUCAAGCAAGCUGAGGAGAACUUGGGUUCCCUUGGCUGGCGCCUUAGCUCGGAUGAGAUUUUCGAGCUAGAGUCCGCGGCUAAGAGUUCCCCUAAGAAGAUGAUCCAGAACAUCUUUCAAACCCGAUGAGUGAACUAUAUUUUUCUGCUUUCUUGAUGAAUGUAUAUUGCUUGUUGCUCCCCUGAAAACCCAUUACUAGUUUUUGGUGUGAUGGCUUUGCCAUGUGAUCUACAAGUAGCUACUAUGCUCUGUCUGGCUUGUUCAACAAAAGUGAGUGAAUUAUUUAUCCCCUAUAAGCUUUUAAAAUUAUAGUCUCAUCCAAUGAUAGCAUAUGUUAAUGUCUCCA